AUGUCACCUUCCGCGACAACCACGCUCCCGGUGGACGAGGGCACCAACGGUUCUGUUGGGGUUACUCCAGAUACUCAUAACAACGGUUAUGUAAACAGUGCUACGAACGGUCAAUCGAAUGGAAAUGGUCCGUCUAAUGGACAACGCGAAGAUCCGACCCUUUACACAACUGGUUAUACCCACGGCUACACAACAGGCUACAUCAGCGGGUUCGCCCAGUCAGACACACCGCAGCAGAUGCCUAUCGCCAUUGUAGGCAUGUCAUGCCGCCUGCCUGGAAAUGUCACUACUCCCGAUGAAUUCUGGGAGUUGUGUUCCCGAUCUCGGACUGGGUGGUCAGAGAUUCCUAAGGAGAGGUUUGACAACAAAAGUUUUUUCCAUCCAAACCCUGGAAAGAGCGGUUGCCAAAACACUAUCGGCGGCAAUUUUCUCAAGGAAGAUCUAGGAUUAUUCGAUGCCCCGUUCUUCAGUCUCACGGCUCAAGAGGCGAUCUCAAUGGACCCCCAAGCCCGCAUACUACUGGAAUGCACUUUUGAGGCCCUUGAUAGCGCAGGCAUUCCGAAACACGAAAUAGUAGGGAAAGAGGUGGGAGUAUUCAUAGGCAGCUCGAUCUCUGAAUACGAGGCACAGUUAUUCGCAGACUCGGAGUCUAUUCCUAUGUAUCAAGCUAGCGGCUGCUCCAUGGCAAUGCAAGCGAAUAGAAUUUCCCAUUACUUUGACUUGCGGGGUCCAAGUUUUACGAUGGAUACGGCUUGUUCUUCCAGUUUAGUUGCCAUACAUCAGGCUUGCCAAAGUAUACGGAACGGCGAGUCCAAAGUAGCACUGGUCGGUGGAUGCCAUCUGAAUAUGCUACCCGAAAUGUGGAUCUCGAUGUCAAUGUCACGCCUUUUCGCCGAAGAGGGAAGGUCGUUCUCCUUUGAUAACCGCGGGACAGGAUACGGUCGUGGGGAAGGUUGUGGCAUGGUAGUGUUGAAGCCUUUAGACCAAGCGCUAAAGGACAACGACACAAUCAGAGCUGUCAUAGCCGGUAGUGGUAUCAACCAAGAUGGCAAAACUCCUGGUAUCACUAUGCCAAGUGGCGAAGCACAAGAGUCCCUUAUUCGAGCUGUCUAUAGAACAGCUGGGAUCAAUCCAAAGGACACUGGAUAUAUCGAAGCACACGGAACGGGGACGAAAGUUGGGGAUCCUAUCGAGGCCACUGCGUUGCAUAACGUAUUUGGUGAAGACCGGACAGCUAGGAAACCGUUAUUCCUAGGUUCCUUGAAGUCUAAUAUUGGCCAUUUAGAGGCUGCUUCUGGUAUCGUAUCGGUAAUCAAGACUGCAAUGAUGCUAGAGCGCGGUUUCAUAUUGCCGAACUACGAUUUCAAGAAACCGAACGAGAAAAUUCCCUUUUCUAAGUGGGGCUUAAAGGUACCUGUCAGCCAGGCCCCAUGGCCGAGAGCAAAGCGCUUUGCAAGCGUAAAUAAUUUUGGAUUUGGUGGCACAAAUGCCCACGCCGUCCUAGAACGGGCACCUUUCUCGAAAAAGAAUGAGGCGGAGGUUGUUGAUCCUCUUGAUUUUCAGUCUAGAAGGUUGUUUGUUCUCUCAGCCAACGACAAGACUGCUUUGGAAGCUAUGAUGAAAAACAUGGGCAUUUAUUUGGAGCAGAGACCAGAAAUAUUCCAAAGCGACCUAAUGGCAAAUGUCGCAUAUACCCUUGGACAACGACGGUCAUUCAUGCAGUGGCGAGUUGCCAUAUCAUCUCCAACAUCUUUCGAGCUCAUCGAAACGCUGAACAGUGGAAAGAUCUCCCCUUCCAGAGAAACCGAGACUAGGAUUGGCUUCAUAUUCACUGGUCAAGGAGCUCAAUGGAAUGCCAUGGGCCAUGAACUCAACAAGGACGCCAAAACAUCAGCCGUCAAUGAGGCUCAUGUCAGUCAACCUGCAUGCACAGCUAUUCAGAUUGCAUUGACCGAUCUGCUACAAUCAUGGGGUGUGUCUCCUACUGCAGUUGCUGGCCACUCGAGUGGAGAGAUCGCUGCCGCAUACGCUGCCGGUAUUUUGCCGCUUGAUUCAUGCAUGGCAAUUUCCUACCAGCGAGGUAUGUCCAUUGUGAGCCUGAAGAAGAAGUUUCCCGACCUCAAGGGAACGAUGAUGGCUGUUGGGGGCAGCAAAGAGGAAAUUUUACCUCUCAUCUCAGAAUUGAAGACGAAAGAAGUCAGAAUUGCUUGUUUCAACAGUCCAUCUAGUUUGACAUUAUCCGGCGACGUGUCGGCAAUUGAGGAACUUCAAACAAAGAUUGAGCAGAAACAGGUCUUCAACAGGAAGCUCCAAGUCGACGUAGCUUAUCAUUCUCAUCACAUGAAGUUGAUCGCCGAGGAAUACCAAGAGUCGCUUCAAACACUCGUUCCGCCUAAAUCUACAAACGUCAAGUUCUACUCUGCCCUGCUUGGGCAUCUUGUUGACGGUGCCAAACUCCAACCUUCCUACUGGGUUGAUAACCUGACACAAUCUGUGCGAUUCUCCGAGGCGUUAACAGCUAUGUGUGCCCCUGCCGAUGGUCACAAAACUGGUGUCAACAUGCUUGUUGAACUUGGUCCACACUCUGCACUCGCAGGACCUGUGAAACAGAUUCUAAAGACAUGUGGGCCUAAUGCAAUGAAGAUACCCUAUGUAUCAGCUCUGUUGAGAAACAAAGAUGCCGUUGAGACAGCUGUGAACAUGGCAGGCACUCUCUUUGUUAAAGGAGCGAAGCUGGACCUUGGUGCGGUCAAUUUCCCAAGGCCAAGAAAGCCGCCCACGCUAUUGGUUGAUCUUCCUCGGUACCCUUGGAAUCACAACACUAAAUACUGGCAUGAAUCUCGGAUGACCCAGAAGCAAAGAAAUAGGUCUACACCACGGAAUGAUAUUCUCGGGUCACUUGCAGUUUACUCUAAUGACUUGGAACCAACAUGGAGAAACACAAUUCGCGUUGACGACCUCCCAUGGCUCCGACAUCACCAGAUUCAAGGCUUGACACUCUUCCCAAUGUCUGGUUUCAUCGCAAUAGCUGUAGAAGCUGCAUCUCAAAGAGCCGCUUCUAAUGGUACUGAUUUCGACAAGUUCGUUCUCCGUGACGUUUCCGUUCACGCACCACUCAUGAUCACCGAUAAAGAUGUUGAAACAACAAUUCAACUUCGUCCGUUCCAGGAGGGUACCCUUGUCUCAUCUGAGGUUUGGGACGAAUUUCGAAUUCAUUCUUGGGCCGAGGGCCAAGGUUGGACGGAACACUGCAAAGGUCUUGUCGCCGUGAAAAGCAACAAGUCUGAGGAAUUCGACGGUGCUAGAAUCGCCCAAGAUUCCGAAAAGUUGCUGCGCUCAACCAUAUUGGAAGUCAACAGCGCAGAAACCACCUCUGUAGACAAGAAGGUGAUGUACGAGUCUCUUUCAGAGCUCGGCGUUUCUUAUGGGCCUACUUUCCAGGUGGAAAAUUGCAAAGCAAAUGACAGUUGUUCUACGGCACAAAUGACAGUUGCAGAUACGGCCCAGGAAAUGCCACAGGGGUUUCAAACAGGCGUGGUUAUUCACCCGGCGUUUCUUGAACAACUGAUUGAGAUGUACUGGCCCAUUCUAGGCGCAGGUCGAACGUCCGUCAACACCGUUUAUCUUCCUUCUUCCAUUGGCCGUUUGAGUAUCUCGCGAGAUAUCACUGAGCUUUUCGAAAGGCCAGGGAAUACCCUCCGCGCUUUCUGCAAAGGCGCUGCCCCCCUGUUACACCCAAAGCCAACACAGGUAUCAAUGUUUGCUACCGCUGGUGAUGAUUCUGCGGAGGCACUCAUUACGCUAGAUGAUUUGACGAUUUCACCGAUCCUAGAGCGAGGCUUAGCGUCAGAAGCUGACGCCUACAGGGAGCUCUGCUAUAAGCUUGAUUGGGAACCGAUUCUUCAACCAGUGUCGGAUGAAUCAUCGAACAACUCUUCCCCUGAGCUCUCGAACGGUACGUCGAACGGGAACCAUGUGAACGGAACUUCCAAUGGCGUGGUGAAAGAACCGAAACUCUCGGGCGAAGACAGCAAGGAGGAAACCAAUGGGGUUUCUGAGAAAGUUAAUGGGUCUGCAAUCCCAGAACCCAAUGGAAGAAUCUCCAACGGACCCUCCAACGGGAUUUCAAGCGAUUCAUCUGCGAAUGCAGAUGAACCAGCUGCCUUCCCCGAAACCAAAAUUGUGAUUGUCCAUGGAGAAUCAGACUCUCAAAAGCUGCUAGCAGCGAAAUUGGCAGAUAUUUUGGAGCUUUCCACCGGGAGGAGACCUGUUGCUGGCACUCUCGCGGAGACCGAUUCCAGUGACAAACUAUGUCUAUUCAUUUCAGAGCUAGACAAGCCUCUGCUCUCGAAUCUCUCGGAAAGCGACUUCCUCGCCCUGCAGAAGACAUUGACGACCGUCCAGGGGGUACUUUGGAUCGUUAGAGGAGCAUAUGCAGCAUCUGUGAACCCCGAUGCAAAUAUGGUCGCAGGGUUGAGUAGAAGCAUUCGCUCCGAGACGCUCCUUAAGUUUGCAACAUUGGAUUUGGAUUCCAAGACUCCACUUUCCGAUGAGCUUACAGUGAAGGCGAUUCUCGAUGUCUUCAAAGCUGCGUUUGGUUCUAAAGCAGAGACGAACGGCGAGUUGGAAUUCAUGGAAAGACAAGGUUCAUUUUUCACACCGAGAAUAAUCAACGACGCCGAAAUGAACGAGUAUGUUCACAAACACACUAAUGCAUCAGUCCUUGAAGCCACCCGGUUUUCUCAGGCGGAAAGGCCGCUGAAGAUGGUUAUCGGGACGCCCGGAGCCCUUGACACUUUACAUUUUGUCGAUGAUCAAACACUGGAGGCACCUCUUGCCGACGAUGAGAUUGAGGUCGAGGUCAAGGCAAUUGGUAUGAACUCCCGAGAUAUCUUGGCUGCAACCAACCAACUGGAAACGGAUGGUUUUGGUGUUGAGUCCAGUGGUAUUAUCACGCAGAUCGGAAACCGAGUAACCAAUCUCGCAAUUGGCGAUCGAGUCGCAAGCGUCACUGUCGCCCGCGGCGUCUACUCAACCUACACUCGUACCAAGGCAGCAUUUGCGCUGAAGAUUAGCGAUGACCUGUCGUUCGCGGCGGCCGCAUCGAUCCCAGUGGCAUAUUACACCGCAUAUUACGGUUUGAUCGAUCUUGGGCGACUUGGUAGCGAUGAAAGCGUUUUGAUCCACGGCGCUGCCGACCCGGCUGGCCUGGCCGCCAUUUCUCUGGCUCAAAUAGUCGGGGCUGAAGUAUUUGCUGCUGUUGGAAGUAUUGAGGAAAAGGAACUCGUUUCAAGCACUUACGGUCUCCCUGAUGAUCACAUUUUCUCUAGCCGUGGUGCUUCUUUUGGGCCAGUCAUCCGCCAAGCAACCAACAAACGAGGCGUCGAUGUUGUAGUAAAUUCGGUCGCUACAGACAACGACACUUUGAGAGAACUUUGGGGUUCUUUGAGUAGCUUCGGACGCUUCGUUGUUGUUGGAAAAAGGGAUGCUAGCGCAAGACUUGAAACCAAUCGAUUCGACAACAACACAAGUUUUAUCUCUGUUGACUUGAUGUCUGUCGCUGCAGAAAGGCCCAAAGUAUUGGAGCGCGUUGUUUCAAAUGUAUAUGGGCUCCUUCAAAACGGACAACUCAACCCUGCUGCCUCAAUUACAGUCUUUCCGAUCUCGGACGUUGAGACAGCAUUCAAAGUAUUGCAAAGCGGAACAUCACUGGGAAAAUUAGUUGUGGCCCCACAACCUGGGGAUGAGGUUAAAGCAACUCUUUCGACCAAGUUGAAUAUGCUGCUUCGCUCAGAUGCCACGUACAUCUUAAUUGGUGGAACUGGCGGACUGGGACGAAGUAUGGCGAGGUGGAUGGUUGAAAAAGGCGCCAGGAACAUUGUUCUUGUUUCCAGAAGCGGGUCUGCAACUGGCAAAGUCAAAGAACUUAUUGAUGAGCUCGCAACAGUUGGCGCCAAUAUUGUGGUCCGACGCUGCGAUGUUACUAACAGCAGCUCUGUAGACAACCUCAUCAAUAAUGAGCUAGUUGGCCUUCCACCUGUCAGAGGUUUGGUUCACGGUGCCAUGGUCCUUGAUGACGUUUUGUUUGAGAAAAUGACAUUCGGUCAAUAUACCACUGUUAUGGAGUCGAAGGUUCGAGGAGCUUGGAAUUUCCACAAUGCGCUCAAGAAUGACUCUCUUGACUUCUUUGUCACCAUAUCCUCCGCUGCUGGUGCCGUAGGAAACAGAGGUCAGGCUGCAUAUGCUGCAGCCAACACGUUCUUGAAUGCUUUCGUUCAAUAUCGCGUUGAGCUCGGCCUUCCUGCCUCGUCGAUCGACUUGACCGCUGUUUCCGACGCCGGUUAUCUUGCAGAAAAUCUCGAAGCGGCUGCGGAGGUUGCUAAGAAUCUUGGAAGCGAUACUAUCUGUGAAGCUGAAGUGCUGGCAUUGAUUGGAGCAGCCAUCAGUGGUCGCUUGGCGACUGCUUGUAAUCAUCACACUAUUACUGGUAUGCGGAUUACGUCUUCCACCCCGUUCUGGACUCCCGACGCAAAAUUCAAACACCUUCGUCUCGCUGCUGAGGCUGCAGCUGCAGAGAAUUCGACUGGGCAGGCCGCUGCCAUCUCUUUCCACGCCGCUCUCAAGGCUUCGAAAACAGCCGAAGAAGGUCAGGAGGUUGUGUGCAAGGGUCUAUUGAGCAAGCUACCCUCGGUUUUGAUGCUUGAGGAGGAAGAUAUGGAUGUCACGAAGUCACUCGCGAAUUACGCCCUUGACUCCUUGGUCGCCAUUGAGGUCCGAAACUUCAUCACACGAGAAUUCGAGGCCAAUCUUCAAGUUCUUGAGUUGCUUUCCAGUGGCUCAAUUGAAACAUUGGCGAAGACUAUCGUUGUCAAGAGCAAAUUGGUAUCCUUCUAG